AAAAAUACAGGGACUAAAAUGUUGACAUGUCCAAAGAUGCUCAAUUAGCUCGCGCUAUAACCAAAUGGCAAAUACCCAUCACCUGAUAGAACACACGACAGUGCCCGACUCAACCAUUUUUACACAGCAACAAAGCUCUCCAUAGAGGUGAAGAAAACCUUAUCAAUGGUUGUUUUAAGCUUCAACACCGAGAUCUCACUGAUUUCUCCUUGAAACUUUGAUUUAUCUCUGAAAACUUGGUUUCAAUCCGAUAACAUGCGGUCAAAAGACAGAAUUUCCUACUUCUACGAUGGGGAUGUUGGUAAUGUUUACUUCGGACCUAAUCAUCCAAUGAAGCCGCAUAGAUUAUGUAUGACUCAUCAUUUGGUGCUUUCAUAUGAUCUACACAAGAAGAUGGAAAUCUAUAGGCCUCAUAAGGCAUAUCCAGUUGAGCUAGCUCAAUUUCACUCAGCCGAUUAUGUGGAGUUCUUACAGCGUAUAAACCCAGACACACAACAGUUGUUUCCAGAAGAAAUGGCAAAAUUUAAACUUGGAGAAGACUGCCCUGUAUUUGAUGACUUAUUUGAAUUUUGCCAAAUAUAUGCUGGUGGAACAAUCGAUGCUGCACGCAGAUUAAACAAUCAACUUUGUGACAUUGCAAUAAACUGGGCUGGAGGAUUACACCAUGCAAAAAAAUGUGAAGCAUCUGGAUUUUGUUACAUCAAUGACUUGGUUUUGGGAAUCUUGGAGCUUCUUAAAUAUCAUGCAAGAGUUCUUUACAUUGACAUUGAUGUUCAUCAUGGAGAUGGUGUAGAAGAAGCCUUUUAUUUCACUGAUAGAGUGAUGACUGUUAGUUUUCACAAAUAUGGAAAUAUGUUCUUUCCUGGAUCAGGUGAUGUUAAGGAAAUUGGGGAAAAAGAAGGAAAAUUUUAUGCGAUUAAUGUACCUUUGAAGGAUGGUAUAGAUGAUGGAAGCUUUACUCGAUUGUUUAAAACAAUUAUUGCGAAAGUUGUUGAAACAUAUCAACCAGGUGUAAUAGUUCUCCAAUGUGGAGCAGAUUCACUUGCUGGAGAUCGAUUGGGAUGCUUUAAUCUCUCAAUAGAUGGACAUGCUGAAUGUGUUAGAUUUGUUAAAAAGUUCAAUUUGCCUCUACUGGUAACUGGAGGUGGAGGAUAUACAAAAGAGAAUGUUGCCAGGUGUUGGACUGUUGAAACAGGAGUUCUUUUAGACACAGAGCUUCCUAAUGAGAUCCCGGAUAAUGACUAUAUCAAGUAUUUUGCACCAGAGUGUUCUUUAAGGAUUCCAACUGGUCAUAUUGAAAAUUUCAAUAGCAAGUCUUAUUUAGGAACUAUAAAGAUGCAAGUUUUGGAAAAUCUACGUUCCAUUCAACAUGCCCCAAGUGUACAAAUGCAAGAGGUUCCACCGGAUUUUUAUAUUCCUGAUUUUGAUGAAGAUGAGAAGAACCCUGAUGAAAGAAACGAUCAACAUACGCAAGACAAGCAUAUCCAACGUGAUGAUGAGUACUAUGAAGGAGAUAAUGACAAUGAUCAUAACAUGGAUGAUGUUUAGUUAGAUACUACUACUACUCACAAUGGACGACAUUUAUUCUAGUAUUUCGUUUUAGGGUAGACUAUAUGUAGAGUAGAUAUUACAAAAUUAUGCUUCUUUUUAACUAACUGUUUUGGAACACUCACUACAAAGAAAAGAAUCAAUCCACACAAAGUCUUGUUAGUUAAUCUCUAAUUUAAAAAGAUACAUAUAUGGAUUAUGUUCCUUGUAGGAUAGUGGAAAACCAAAAUAUCCAUUUUACCCCAUUAAUAAAUACUAAAUAUGAUACAAUGACAAUGAAGUGUUACAUUUAAGAGUUUUUGUUCAUUAUGUCAAGUAAUAUGAUGAGAUGAAUGGAGGAAAUCUAUGAGCUGUUUUCUGCCAAAAUGGUAUCCAAUAGCGAUUCACAUGCAUCCUCAAGCAAAUCCAACACCUUCUCAAAACCUUGUGCUCCACCAUAGUAAGGAUCAGGCACUUCAGUUUCAUCAUGUUUUUUACAGUAAGAACACAUUAACUUAACCUUCUUGUAUGCAUCAGCUGGUAAGGCUUCCUUAAAACUCCAUCUUUCCAAAGCUGCAAGUAUCACACCUUUAUUUUGCUUGUCCAUGGCAAGAAUGAGAUCAAAUUCUUUGAAAUCGGAUGGCCUUAUUGGCCUUGAUAUCGAUGUGAUUUCAAUUCCUCUUCUUUUAGAUGCAGCUCUCAUUCGCGAGUCCGCUGGACCUCCCUUCAAUAAAAGUUGAUUGUGCCAGCAGAAUCGAUGAUAAACUUGGAAGAAAGAUCUCGUUUUUUGACCAAAUCAGUGAAGACGCCUUCGGCAGCUGGGCUUCGACAGAUGUUUCCCAAACAGACGAAGAGAACAGAGAAGGGUUUUUCUGUAGUUUUAUCUGUCUGAGUUGUGGAAGCC